AUGAUGCAGACAUUUGCCAUAGCAAUUAGUAUUUCUGCGAUAAAAUCUCUAACACUUAAUCUUAAUGACAUUUGUCAUUGCUCUUAACUAAUUUAAGAGUUUGAAUGCUUGAAUUCUGCUCAAGAAUGCAAUUGGGAUUACUCAUCUAAGAAAUGCCUUGAAACUCCUUGUUCAGAAAUUCUUAUUUAAAGCUCCUGCUUAUAAUAAUCAUAAAGAUGCUAUUGGAUUUAAGGCUUAUGUUAAAAUUUUACUGCAUGCGUAAAUCUCUAAGGAUAGAAUUAAAACCAAUGCUUAAACUAAAAUAUUUUUUGCCCAACGUCGAAUGGCACAAAUUGUUUAUCUCCCCAAAACCUAUAAAAUUGUACAUCCAUUUCGACACCUAAUAAUUGCAAUAAUUUUGUCUCAACUACUGGAUUGUGUAUGUGGAAUGGAAAAAGCUGUAUUGAAGCAACAUCAUGUUCUUAACUUUAUAGCAAUUCUACUCCUUCUUGCGAUUCUUCUAGAUGUUCUUUCAACUCUACAAAUUUAUGUUAACCAAAAGUUUGUGGUCAAUAUUUAUAUGAAUAUUAAUGUGCUUAAGGAAUAUCUACAUUUGGUCCUUAUCUAAACAAUAUUAUAGGAUGCUAUUGGAAUUAAGAUUCAAAUGAAUGUCAAGAUUUUGAUCCUGAAAUAAUGGAUAAUAUUGAUUGCUAUACAUAUAGUUUUGGAACCUAUCAUUGGGAUAAAAAAAAAGGGGAGAAAGGGGAUUGUGUUUCCUGCUUUUAAUAAUUAUUGAUAUUUUCAAUAAUUAUGAUCAUUUUGAUAUGA